CUUUCUGGAUGGCCGAGCAGAUCCUCUUUAAAGAGACAGUUCAUGAAAUAGAAACCCGGCGGCUGAGCUAGGAGUUGCGAAAGGGGACGAUCCCGUGAGGGUCUAGGACCGGGGAAGGCGCAGCGGAGGAUCAGAAAGGGGACUAGAGCUCCCCUCGCCUCCCCAGGCCCCCCACCUUUUCAAACUCUCCUCCUCCUGCCUGUAUCUCCCCCCCCACCCCCACCCCCCCCCCCCACCUCGGAACUGGGAGAGAGAAGUGGAAGAAGUUUUAGUGGGUUUCAGAUAACUUUCAUUACACAUCGGGCUGAUAAGAGCAAGAGAAAGUGAGAAAAGAGGGAGGUGAUGUGAACCAGAAGGAAUAGCUCGGAACUCAUUUAGGAAGGGGGAAAAAAGCCAAAACACACCAAACUCGGGUCACCCAGACGAGAGGAGACUUCAUUUCUGGUCUUAAAAAUACACUGUUGGCGGACAAUAAAUCUGAAACGCGUGGUCCUGGCGAGCAGAUCCUAGAGACGGACAAAGUUAUCAGACACCAUUCGGAAAUCGAGACGCGAGGCUUUUUUUUUUUUUAAACAUCUCGAAAUGUGGCUCGGGAUCGUAUGAAAGGAUUUUCGUGCAGGAAACCUGGGGGCUGCUGAUUAUUUUAUUUUGUUUGUUUUAAUUCUUCUGUGAUUGCCUUUUAUUGCUGAGUUGAGGCCAUAGAAAUCUUAAGAUCUUAGAUGAGUUUUGCAAUGUGAAGUUCUGCAUAGAUGCUAGUCAACCAGAUGUAGGAAGCUGGCUCAAGUACAUCAGGUUCGCUGGCUGUUAUGAUCAGCACAACCUCGUUGCAUGCCAGAUAAAUGAUCAGAUAUUUUAUAGAGUAGUUGCAGACAUCGCACCAGGAGAGGAGCUCUUGCUGCUCAUGAAGAGUGAAGACUAUCCCCAUGACACUAUGGCACCGGAUAUCCACGAAGAACGGCAGUACCGCUGUGAGGAUUGUGACCAGCUCUUCGAGUCCAAGGCUGAACUAGCGGAUCACCAGAAGUUCCCGUGUAGCACACCCCACUCGGCAUACUCCAUGGUAGAGGAGGACUUUCAACAAAAACUCGACAGUGAAAAUGAUCUCCGAGAGAUACAUGCAAUUCAGGAGUGUAAGGAAUGUGACCAAGUGUUUCCCGAUUUGCAAAGCUUGGAGAAACACAUGUUGUCACAUACUGAAGAGAGGGAAUACAAGUGUGAUCAGUGUCCCAAGGCAUUUAACUGGAAGUCCAAUUUAAUCCGCCACCAGAUGUCACAUGACAGUGGAAAGCACUAUGAAUGUGAGAACUGUGCCAAGCAGGUUUUCACGGACCCUAGCAACCUUCAGCGGCACAUCCGCUCUCAGCAUGUUGGUGCCCGGGCCCACGCGUGCCCGGAGUGUGGCAAAACGUUUGCCACUUCGUCGGGCCUCAAACAACACAAGCACAUCCACAGCAGUGUGAAGCCCUUUAUCUGUGAGGUCUGCCAUAAAUCCUAUACUCAGUUUUCAAACCUUUGUCGUCAUAAGCGCAUGCAUGCUGAUUGCAGAACCCAAAUCAAGUGCAAAGACUGUGGACAAAUGUUCAGCACUACGUCUUCCUUAAAUAAACACAGGAGGUUUUGUGAGGGCAAGAACCAUUUUGCGGCAGGUGGAUUUUUUGGCCAAGGCAUUUCACUUCCUGGAACCCCAGCUAUGGAUAAAACGUCCAUGGUUAAUAUGAGUCAUGCCAACCCGGGCCUUGCUGACUAUUUUGGCACCAAUAGGCAUCCUGCUGGUCUUACCUUUCCAACAGCUCCUGGAUUUUCUUUUAGCUUCCCUGGUCUGUUUCCUUCCGGCUUGUACCACAGGCCUCCUUUGAUACCUGCUAGCUCUCCUGUUAAAGGACUGUCAAGUACUGAACAGACAAACAAAAGUCAAAGUCCCCUCAUGACACAUCCUCAGAUACUGCCAGCUACACAGGAUAUUUUGAAGGCACUAUCUAAACACCCACCUGUAGGGGAAAAUAAGCCAGUGGAGCUCCAGCCCGAGAGGUCCUCUGAAGAGAGGCCCCUUGAGAAAAUCAGUGACCAGUCAGAGAGUAGUGACCUUGAUGAUGUCAGUACGCCAAGUGGCAGUGACCUGGAAACCACCUCGGGCUCUGAUCUGGAAAGUGACAUUGAAAGUGAUAAAGAGAAAUUUAAAGAAAAUGGUAAAAUGUUCAAAGACAAAGUAAGCCCUCUUCCGAAUCUGGCUUCAAUCCAUAAUAAGAAAGAAUACAGCAAUCAUUCCAUUUUCUCACCAUCUUUAGAGGAGCAGACUGCGGUAUCAGGAGCUGUGAAUGAUUCUAUAAAGGCAAUUGCUUCUAUUGCUGAGAAAUACUUUGGUUCAGCAGGACUGGUGGGGCUGCAAGACAAAAAAGUUGGAGCUUUACCUUACCCUUCCAUGUUUCCCCUCCCGUUUUUUCCAGCAUUCUCUCAAUCAAUGUACCCAUUUCCUGAUAGAGACUUGAGAUCGUUACCUUUGAAAAUGGAACCCCAGUCACCAAGUGAAGUAAAGAAACUGCAGAAGGGCAGCUCUGAGUCUCCCUUUGAUCUCACCACUAAACGCAAGGACGAGAAGCCCUUGACCCCAGUACCCGCCAAGCCUCCAGUGACGCCGGCCACAAGCCAAGACCAGCCCCUGGAUCUAAGUAUGGGCAGUAGGAGUAGAGCCAGUGGGACCAAGCUGACAGAGCCUCGUAAAAACCACGUGUUUGGGGAAAAGAAAGGAGGCAACGGUGAACCAAGACCAGCAUCUGAUGGUUCCUUACAGCAUGCUAGACCCACUCCUUUCUUCAUGGACCCUAUUUACAGAGUAGAGAAAAGAAAACUAACUGACCCACUUGAAGCUUUAAAAGAGAAAUACUUGAGACCUUCUCCAGGAUUCUUAUUUCACCCGCAAUUCCAACUGCCUGAUCAGAGAACUUGGAUGUCAGCUAUUGAAAACAUGGCGGAGAAGCUGGAGAGCUUCAGUGCCCUGAAACCUGAGGCCAGUGAACUUCUACAGUCGGUUCCCUCCAUGUUCAACUUCAGAGCUCCUCCCAACGCCCUGCCAGAGAACCUCCUGCGGAAAGGAAAGGAACGCUAUACCUGCAGAUACUGUGGCAAGAUUUUUCCAAGAUCUGCGAACCUAACACGGCACUUGAGAACCCACACAGGAGAGCAGCCUUACAGAUGCAAGUACUGUGACAGGUCAUUCAGCAUAUCUUCUAACCUGCAGCGGCAUGUUCGCAACAUCCACAAUAAGGAGAAGCCCUUUAAGUGUCACUUAUGUGAUAGGUGUUUUGGUCAACAAACCAACUUAGACAGACACCUAAAGAAGCACGAGAAUGGGAACAUGUCUGGUACGGCCACAUCGUCACCUCAUUCUGAACUGGAAAGUACAGGUGCGAUUCUCGAUGACAAGGAAGAUGCUUACUUCACAGAAAUUCGAAAUUUCAUCGGGAAUAGCAACCAUAGCAGCCAGUCUCCCAGGAACACAGAAGAGAGAAUGAAUGGCAGUCACUUUAAAGAUGAAAAGGCUUUGGUGACCAGUCAAAAUUCAGACUUACUGGAUGAUGAAGAGGUGGAAGACGAGGUGUUGUUAGAUGAGGAGGACGAAGACAAUGAUAUUACUGGGAAAACAGGAAAGGAACCAGGGACAAGUAAUUUACAUGAAGGAAACCAUGAGGAUGACUAUGAAGACACCAGCGCCCUGGAGAUGAGUUGCAAGACGUCCCCAAUGAGGUAUAAAGAGGAAGAAUAUAAAACUGGACUUUCUGCUCUAGAUCAUAUAAGGCACUUCACAGAUAGCCUCAAAAUGAGGAAAAUGGAAGAUAAUCAAUAUACUGAAGCUGAGGUGUCUUCUUUCAGUGCUUCCCAUGUGCCAGAGGAACUUAAACAGCCGUUACACAGAAAGUCCAAAUCACAGGCAUAUGCUAUGAUGUUGUCAUUGUCCGACAAGGAGUCCCUCCAUUCUUCAUCCCACAAUUCUUCCAAUGUGUGGCACAGUAUGGCCAGGGCUGCGGCGGAAUCCAGUGCUAUCCAGUCCAUAAGCCACGUAUGACAUUCCCAAGGUCGACCAGAAUGGGACCAAGUCCAACGGUAGCAUGGCUCUUUCACAUAGGACUAUUUAAAAGACUGCUGAGCAGAAUGCCUUAUAAACCUGAAGGGUCACUCAUGUAAAGUCUGGGGACCUUAAACUGAAUGAUU